CUUUUUUAAUCAGUGCCCCAGAUACCAAAAUUCCGCGGUGAGGGCGACGGAUUACCCUCGUCCUUCUUUGAUCCAGGUUCCAACGACGGGAGAUCUCUUGCCAUUCGAACCGCUUCAGUUAGGAUCCUGAUAUCCUUCUGUCGCCCUUGUAGCAGAUACUUUGAUGGCUGGGCUGGUUAAUGUGCGUGUCAACCCUAUUUGCCCGUCCUACUAUCUAAGGCGGUCUCCUCUUCCUACAGUGAUCUUUUCACCAUCAAUCUUUUCAAGGUUUCCAGAAAUCUCACUUAGGCUCUCUUCCAGUAUUAUGAGAGGCGUCAGACCUCUCACUUUGGUAGCAGCCUCGUUGGAGCCCGCAGAGACUAUAUCUGGCACCCAGUUUGACAAUUCUCAUCCUUCAAAAGAGGUGCUUGAGAUCUGGCAUAGUGCUGAUGCGGUGUGCUUCGAUGUGGAUAGCACUGUAUGCUUGGAUGAGGGUAUCGAUGAACUUGCCGAUUUCUGUGGUGCUGGGAAAGCUGUAGCUGAGUGGACAAUUAAGGCAAUGACUGGAUCAGUUCCAUUUGAGGAGGCUCUAGCCGCUAGACUUUCUUUAUUCAACCCUUCCCUGUCCCAAGUUCAAGAUUGUCUAAAGAAGAGACCCCCAAGGAUUUCUCCUGGCAUUGCUGACUUGAUCAAGAAAUUGAAGGCUAAAAACACUGAUGUAUACCUGGUAUCUGGAGGCUUUCGCCAAAUGAUCAAUCCUGUUGCCAUGCAGCUUGGAAUUCCUUCUGAAAACAUUUUUGCAAAUCAAUUGCUGUUUGGGAACUCUGGGGAGUUCCUUGGGUUUGACACCACAGAGCCUACUUCUAGGAGUGGCGGGAAAGCUACAGCAGUGCAACAGAUAAGAAAGGCCCAUGAUUACAAGAAAUUAGUCAUGAUUGGCGACGGUGCAACUGAUCUCGAGGCUCGGAAACCAGGAGGGGCUGACCUAUUUAUCUGCUAUGCGGGGGUCCAGAUGCGAGAAGCGGUUGCAGCAAAGGCAGAUUGGCUGGUCUUCAGUUUCCAAGAACUGUUGACCUCCUUGCCAUAGUCAAAGAUCUCUAUUCAUUUUGUUCUGAUUUUCUUAUAUUUUGUUAAGUUGUUCUGCAAGUAAAAGUAUUGUAUUUAUAUUUUUCUGAAACAUUAGCCAUCUGCUUCAUUUCGAUAAAGAUAAAAUAAUUCAAGUUCCCAUACAAAGAUGGAUCUUGUUCUCUUUUACUUGGUUUUGUAAAGUUUGUGUGUUUGGAUUUGAA